AUGCUAGAGGCAAGCUUGAGGUUGGUUGUGCUAUUCAUUGCGAUAUCCGCAUCUGCAGCCCAAACCCCAGCGAUCCUGGACACGAGCGGGCAGCCCCUGAGACGCGGGGUGGACUACCUCAUUCUGCCCGGCGUGACCGACGUUGCCGGCGGGCUCACGCUGCAGCCUCGCAACGCAACUGCUCGCUGCCCGCUGUUUGUGGCGCAGGAGCCCCUAGCCCAGGUGGUGUCGCAGGGGCUCCCGGUCUCCUUCGCCCCCUUCGCGGCCGGGGAGAAUAUGGUCAGGGAAGGAAGGGACCUGAUAGCUACCUUCUCGGCGGCCACCACCUGCGUGCAGUCGACGUCGUGGAGGAUCGGCGAAGAGGAUGCGCAGAGCAGGAGGAGGUUCAUUGUGACGGCCGGGCAGCCUUCCUACUUCCGAAUCGAGAGGAACGCCACCACCAAUGCGUACCAGAUUGGGUGGUGCCCCGGGGAGUCGUGCCCCAACUGCGGCAGGCCUAGGUGCGGAGCUGCUGGCAUUUUGAUUCGCGAUGGGAGGAGGUUCUUGGCCCUCGAUGGCCCUGCUUUUCCUUUCCGUUUCAGGAGGGCUUGA